AUGCGUCAGCCUCAGAUCUCAGGUGACGAUCGUGUCAGGGAAAAUGGACCAUUGACACCUGAAAAGACAAACAACUUCACUCAGAGCUGUAUAAGCGAGAUCGAUUGGGAUGGACCAACAGACCCUGAGAAUCCAGUCAACUGGUCAAGAAAGAAGAAAUGGCUGAACAUGUUUUCAAUUUCAUUUCUCACGCUUCUGACGCCCCUGACAUCUUCCAUCGUUGCUCCCGCACAGGGGCCCGUGAUGAAAGAAUUUCAAAUCACAAGCAGAAUACUAGCAUCAUUCGUUGUUUCGAUUUACCUCGUUGGUUUUGCCUUCGGUCCCCUUUUCCUUGCUCCUCUUUCGGAAAUAUACGGCCGACUACGCAUUUAUCAGAUCGGCACCUUUAUUUUCGUGAUAUGGAAUGUUGCAGGAGCGUUGGCGCCCAAUAUCGGUGCACUCUUGGCUUUUCGACUCCUGGCAGGGAUUUCAGGAAGCAGUCCGAUCACUCUAGGGGCUGGAUCCAUCGCGGACAUGUUUGCGCUAGAAGAGAGGGGGCUAGCCUUGUCCAUUUAUGGACUCGGGCCAUUGUUAGGUCCUAUUAUUGGUCCUAUUGCAGGUGGCUUUCUUUCUGAAGCAAGAAGCUGGCGAUGGAUAUUCUGGCUGCUGACGAUUGUGUCAGGUGUCGGUUUUAUCAUGGUGAUAGUCCUCCAGUCUGAAACUUACGAGCCGGUCCUUCUCCGAAAGCGAGCCGAUCGAGUAAAAAGGGAACUGGGACACUCGAAUGUGCGCUAUCGAGAUGAAUUGCGACUUAACGCCAAAGAACUUUUUCUUCUCUCGAUUACCAGACCGCUGAAGCUUCUUUUUCUAAAUCCGAGUGUGGCACUAUUUUCGCUUUACACAGGUGUAAUGUUCGGCUAUCUCUAUCUCCUGUUUACUACAGUGACCCAGGUGUAUGAAACAACAUACGGUUUCAGCCAGGGUGCUACUGGCCUCGUAUUCAUCAGCAUUGGAGUUGGAUCUCUCUUUGCGCUUGUGUUCUUCGGAUUAUGCUCAGACAAGCUUCAAAAUGCCCUCAUCGCGAAGAAUGAUGGCCAGGCCGAGCCCGAGUUUCGUCUUCCGCCCAGCAUUCCAGGCAGUUUUCUCAUUCCGGUCGGCCUCUUCUGGUAUGGCUGGUCUGCUGAAAUGCAUGUCCAUUGGAUCAUGCCUAUAAUUGGACUGGGCUUGAUUGGCUUCGGGAUGAUUGCCUCUCUAUUGCCGUUCCAGGCAUACCUUGUGGAUUCAUUUGGCAAAUACGCCGCCUCGGCCAUUGCUGCGAAUACUGUCUUUCGCUCGUUAGUUGGCGCUUUCCUACCCCUCGCCGGGUCCUCAAUGUAUGCCCGUCUAGGGCUUGGUUGGGGAAAUUCAUUGCUAGGAUUUAUCGCAACAGCAAUGUCGCCCUUGCCAAUUAUUUUCUUCAUCUAUGGCAAGCGAAUCCGUUUGAACCCACGAUUCCAAGUUUCACUGUAG